AUGGAGGAGGUGGCAGCAGCCGAUUCGUUGCGGUUUCCAUUGCCCGAGAACCAGAGUUGUCUCAAGUUCAUGGAGCUGAUCGCCGUUGAUCAAGAAUUUUCGUCACAAUUUGAUGUGUUUUCAUUGUCAUCUUUAUCGUCUUCCCUGUUUACAAAUCCUGUCGAAAAUUUGGAGAUUGGGAACCAAUGGCCAACUACACCGAAUUAUUCAUCGUCGAGCGAGAUCGUCAAUGAUGAGGUGAUCGAGCCAAAGCUAGAGAGAGAAGAGAAACAACAUUCCCGACAAACCCUAAAAACGGAUAAACAGUUAAAAACAAAGAAAAUGACUCGAAAGAAGAAAGAUCAAGAACCACGGUUCGCGUUUAUGACAAAAAGUGAAGUCGAUCAUUUGGAAGAUGGUUAUAGAUGGAGAAAGUACGGUCAGAAAGCGGUGAAAAACAGCCCUUACCCUAGAAGCUAUUAUCGUUGUACUAGUGUAGCAUGCAAUGUAAAGAAACGAGUGGAGAGAUAUUUAAAAGAUCCAAGUAUUGUCGUCACCACCUACGAAGGCCAACACACUCACUCUAGCCCCAACAUGACACGAUCAACCUUCUUUCCUCCGCCCAUCUCAACCGCCCUCUACAAUGGCUCUACAAUGUUCACCACCGCCACCACAACCCCGUCUCUCUUCCACUACCAAAAUGGUCAUAAUUCGAACUUUAUCAACCACCCAAAGGGCUUCGUGGCAUCAUCAUUUCAUCCACCGUGUGACGUUGCACCCUCCAAUCAUGCUAAUCAAUUCUUUUCUCCCACGAUCAACCACAGAUUAUUGCAAGAUAUCGCCCCUUUUCAAUACGAUGAAUUGGCAUGGAGAGAUUGUUCGAUCUCACAAAACCCAACCUAA